AUGGCCAGAAGAAUCUCUGCCUUCCUUAAGAAUGUCUGGGCAAAGGAGCUGGUGCUGUCCUUCUGUGUCUGGGGCCUUCCUGUAAUUGUGUCCAUGGUCAGGCCCUACACCAAGUAUGCAGAAAUGAUAAACCAGGUCACACCCUACCACUACCCAGUGCCUGUGGGAGAUGACGGGAACCUGCCUGAUGUGCCCAGCCACCCCCAGGACCCUAGUUUGGAAUGGCUGAAGAACCCAUGA